AUGGCGGAGGGACCAGCGGAGGGGACAUCAGAGGCCCCUGCGGAGGGUGGGCGGAGCGGAGACUCGGGAGCCAGCGCGCCAGAGCGGGGGGUUGCGCCCAUUAAGCCGCAGUACCUCACUACCAAGGCGCAGUUCCAUGAAUUCCUGGACGCCAAGGGGCCAGAGGAGCCCCGCCGGGAAACCGAGGCAGAAGACGCUGACGACAGCAGCGUGGUCGAGCCUGAAGCCAAGCGGGCCCGUGUGGAGGAUGGGCAGGGGGAGGACGCGCAGUCAGAGGUGGCGGCCCCGGACCAGCCGGAGACUGGGGACCACGCGGAGGCUCCAAAAAGAGCCCGGGGCCAGAACAAGAGCCGGCCCCACGUGAAGCCCACGCACUACGACACGCACCGGCUCUGUCCGUCUCUGAUCCAGGAGUCGGGGUCCAAGUGCCUUUUCGGGGACCGCUGCCGCUUCCUGCACGACCUGAAGCUCUACCUGGAGACCAAGCCGGCCGACCUGGGCCCCCGCUGUGUGCUCUUCGAGACCUUCGGCCGCUGCCCCUACGGGGUGACCUGCCGCUUUGCGGGGGCCCAUCUGGGGCCCAACGGCCAGAACCUGGUAAGGGCGGCGGCGGCGGCAGAGGCGGCGGCCCUGCCCGUCCGCAACGGCCUGGACAAAGCCCUGCAGCAGCAGCUGCGCAAACGCAAGGUCCGCUUCGAGCGCGCCGAGCAGGCCCUGCGCCAGCUCUGCCGCGGCCAGCAGCCCCGGCCUCCUGCGGGCCCCGAGGACGGCCCUGACGCGGCAGCGCCGGACUCCUCGGGGGCGACCCGCCCUGACGAUGCCGCCGCCACCUCCGCCAGCGGACCCCAGCGAACUCUCGGGCCCCUGACCGAUGAGGACGUUGUCAGGGUCCGGCCCUGCGAGAAGAAGCGGCUGGACAUCAGUGGCAAAUUGUACCUGGCGCCCCUCACCACGUGCGGGAACCUGCCUUUCAGGCGGAUCUGUAAGCGCUUCGGUGCGGAUGUGACGUGUGGGGAGAUGGCCAUGUGCACCAGCCUGCUGCAGGGACAGACGUCCGAGUGGGCCCUACUCAAGCGGCACCCGUGUGAGGACAUCUUUGGGGUCCAGCUCGAGGGAGCCUUCCCCGACACCAUGACCAAGUGCGCGGAGCUGCUGAACCGCACCAUUGACGUGGACUUCGUAGACAUUAACGUUGGCUGCCCCAUUGACCUGGUGUAUAAGAAGGGCGGAGGGUGCGCCCUCAUGAACCGCACGGCCAAGUUCCAGCAGAUCGUCCGCGGCAUGGACCAGGUCCUGGACGUGCCGGUGACGGUGAAGAUCCGCACGGGGGUGCAGGAGCGCGUGAACCUGGCGCACCGGCUGCUGCCCGAGCUGCGGGCCUGGGGGGCGGCCCUGGUCACGCUCCACGGCCGCUCCCGGGAGCAGCGCUACACCCGCGGCGCCGACUGGGCCUACAUCCAGCAGUGCGUGUCGGCCGCCAGCCCCAUGCCCCUCUUUGGAAACGGGGACAUCCUCUCCUACGAGGACGCCAACAGCGCCCUGCAGACCGGCGUGGCGGGCGUCAUGAUUGCCCGGGGCGCCCUGCUGAAGCCCUGGCUCUUCACGGAGAUCAAGGAGCAGCGGCACUGGGACAUCUCGUCCUCGGAGCGGCUGGACGUGCUGCGGGAUUUCACGCGCUUCGGCCUGGAGCACUGGGGCUCCGACACGCAGGGCGUGGAGAAGACACGCCGCUUCCUGCUGGAGUGGCUGUCCUUCCUGUGCAGGUACGUGCCCGUGGGCCUGCUGGAGCGCCUUCCGCAGCGCAUCAACGAGCGGCCGCCCUACUACCUGGGCCGUGACUACAUGGAGACGCUCAUGGCCAGCCAGAAGGCGGCCGACUGGAUCCGCAUCAGCGAGAUGCUCCUGGGGCCGGUGCCCCCCAACUUCGUCUUCCUGCCGAAGCACAAGGCCAACGCCUACAAGUAGCGGCCGCGGGGCCGGAGGAGUCGGGGUGCAGGAGCCAAGG